CUGUUGUUUUUUUGAGUGGAAUUCCCCGACAACGUGCUUCAGUCAGUUCAAAAUAUUUUGGAAAUUUUCGGGAUUAUUGGAGGCUUUCCCCUGAAAAGUACAUUGUGAGUCAACAUCUCUGAGCAGUGGUCGCACCACGGUUGACGCGGCUGUGUGGAAAAGAGUUGAAUGUGUGAAAGAGACAAUGGAGGAUUCGGACUUCAACAACCUCCCUUUGAGUCAGAACACCUUCCAUGAUUUGUGGAACAAUGUUUUUUUGUCGACUGAGAAUGAAUCGUUGGCUCACACUGAUGGAAUUUUGAAUCAAAAUCUGGAUUUUUGGGAGAAUCCCGAAACUAUGCAGGAAACUAUAAAUGUGCCCACUGCACCAACUGUCCCAGCAAUUUCUAAUUACGCUGGGCAGCACGAGUUUAAUCUGGAAUUUAAUGACUCGGGCACUGCUAAAAGCGUCACUUCGACGUUUUCCAACAAGCUGGGGAAACUUUUCUGCCAACUGGCUAAGACCACUCCGAUUGGGAUUCUGGUCAAGGAGGAGCCGCCGCAGGGCGCCGUCAUCAGAGCGACGGCCGUGUAUAAAAAGACUGAGCAUGUGGCAGAAGUGGUCAAGAGGUGCCCACACCACCAAAGUGAAGACCCGUCCGACAACAAGAGCCAUCUGAUCCGAGUGGAGGGCAGCCAGCUGGCACAGUACUUUGAGGAUCCGAACACCAAAAGGCAGAGCGUGACCGUGCCUUACGAACGCCCACAGCUGGGAUCUCAGACCACCACCAUCCUACUUAGUUUUAUGUGUAACAGCUCCUGCAUGGGUGGGAUGAACCGGAGGCCCAUCCUCACCAUCCUGACCCUGGAGACCACAGAGGGGGAGGUCUUGGGCAGGCGGUGCUUCGAGGUCCGUGUCUGUGCCUGUCCAGGCAGGGACCGCAAAACCGAGGAGGGAAACGUGGAGAAAAAUGGGGCGAAGCAGCCGAAAAAAAGAAAAAGCGCUCCAGCCCCAGACACCUCCUCGGGGAAGAAGUCGAAGUCUGCCUCUAGUGGCGAGGAGGAGGACAAGGACGUUUACAGUCUCACUAUUCGGGGCCGUAAUCGUUAUCUGUGGUUCAAGAGCCUCAACGACGGACUGGAAUUAAUGGACAAAGUGGGGCCAAAGGUCAAACAGGAGAUCCCUGCUCCCUCCAGUGGGAAGAGGCUGCUGAAGGGGGGCAGCGACAGCGAUUAGUUUACGGUCCUUCAUUUGUCCUUUGGUUUAUCUUUUUAUAUCCUCCAUUAUUCAUUUUUAUUUGUAAUGGCAUUAUGUUUUCAUUUAAAUGUAGUAAUUUGUCCUUUUUUUUUCUAUAUUUUUGCUAAUGAUUUGCCAUCACGUUAACUAAUUGCUUAGCUAGGUUUAAUUAUCUUGAAUUAAGUAUUGGCCAGUUUCAAGCCAAAUAAAACUUCACGGUGUUAAGAGGAUAUUUGUUUGUUUUUUACUUGAUAAGCUGUAUUUUCUUAUUUCCUUAGUGUAAAGAUUAGAUGAUUUCAGUGGCUUAUCAUUGGUGAUUUAUCUUGUGGGAACAUUUUUUUUUAUUUUUUUAUUUUUUUUGGUUGAAGGGGGGCUGGCUGGAUCACCCCCAACACUUGAGCCUUUUUAUACAAAGCAGAAUGAACUUUACCAAAACAAAAAGUUGUGGCCCUGUUUUGAAAACUCAUUUGACACUGAAUAACCGACUCAGUUUUCCUGUCCGCUACUGUAUUCAAAACAUGGAUGGAGUCGCAUCCUUACAGUUGACUGUUUCCUCCUUUAGACCUGUUGAACCACUUUAAGGCACUUCGGCUUGACGUGACCAAUCGCUGAUUAAAUGACCACUUUGAACGUAACACUGCCAGAGAAUAUUUAGAGGCAUUUCUGUAACUAACUUUGUAGUUUAGCGAAAGGUUUUGAUUACCUUCAUGUCCUUUCAUUUUCUUGUAUUUUGUACUGACUUUCUGUUUUAUACUCGAGCUUUGAGCUGAAAUAAACAUAUUCCGUCUCAA